CGGGGAGAGCACCCAGGAAAUACCGGGGACUCGCUGAGGCCUGAGUGGAGGAGGACACGUUCAUGCUUUGUCACAGCACUCGGGCCGUGUUUCAUUAGGACAGUCCGGCCGGCUGACGAGGCCUGUGUCCCGGGGCCAUGUGGAAAAGCCUCGGCGCUCUCCUACAGCAGGCUGUGGAACCGCGAGAGCCACCUCAGGACUUGUUGCAAUCCUUUGUAAAGCACUGGAGAGGAGUUACUCAGUACUACAUUGAGAAAACAGAUGAAUCCCGCAAUGCACGCGAUACAGACAUCCCAUGGCUCCUCCGUCAGCUUACAGAUAUUCUGGUGUAUGAGGAACAGGAGCUGAAGACUGGAACAGAUGUAGAAAAUGGAGGCACCACUGAGGCUGGGGAUCAUACUGGACCUUGUAUGGAGUAUCUACUGCAACAUAAGAUACUCGAGACUCUAUGCACGCUAGCAAAGGCAGAGUAUCCCCCAGGAAUGAGGCAGCAAGUCCUGCUUUUCUACACUCGCCUUCUAUCCAAGGUACAGCGACCCCUGCUGCACUAUCUAAGUGUUCAUCGGCCUGUUCAAAAGCUGAUUGCUAUGACUGGUGAUACAGGAGUCACUGCACAAAAAGAAGAGUUGCAAUUUCUAGUUUCAGUAUGCAAAAAAGUGGAGGAGGAUCCCUCGCUGAUCAUUCACAUCUUAGAGGGGGAAACUGUGAGCAAAUCUAAACGUGAAGAGGAAGUAGCAUCUACAUCCUCCAAUCAGAAACCUAAAUAUAAUCUGUUUAAAGCUCUGCUGAGGCUGUGUACGUGCCAGUCACAGCAGGGGAAAAUUGCCGUAAAAGCAAAGGAAAUUCUCCUUGGAGUGCUUCGAGCAGCGCAGGAGGAGGGGCCAGUGAAUCUUAUUGCACAGAGUAACCUAAGCAAGUGUGUAGCAGAACAUCUAUGUGAUCUGCAUGCCAGCAUUCCAUUGAACACUCCUCCCUAUGACAUCAGUGCGCAGGAUAACACAAGCUGGAGGACAGAGAUUGGUGCUAAUGAAGCAGAUUCCUCUACAGAUGACCCUGCUGCUGUACAAAGGUUUCUGUGUUGGGUGGAGUAUUGUGAUUGUCUUGUUCAGGAGUCACACAAAGUAAUUGGUGGGGAGAUAGCAAGGUCUUUAACAGAUGACUACUUGCUUGGACUACUGCAGCCAGAGCUACUGCAGGUGUCAGAACUGAGCAUCCAACGUAGCACAGCAAUCCUCACAGCAGUGCUACAACGCUUCACUGCUUCCCCACUUCUGCAUCAGAUUCUCACCUUUAUACUGGGAGAGGAGAGGAACUCAGAAAGUCGUGACAGAAAGAAUCCAUCACUCCGGGCCCAGCUCAUCCAGAGAUGUAAUCAUCUGUCUGAUGAGAUAAGCCUAGCAUCCUUACGACUGUUUGAGGUCCUUCUUCAAGUUCCAGUGGAUCUUGUCCUACAGAGUCUGGUGACUCGCAACUUAGAAUCGCGGGGUUAUCUAAGUAGAGCUCAGGAGGAAACCCGAGGGCCAGAAAGUGAUGCUUGGGAAGGCACAGAAGAGCUGGAGGAAGACCCCUACUUCACUGAUGGUUUCCCAGAUACUGGGUUUCGACUGACUGAGCGAAAGCCAGCAAAAGGGACAGAGCCACUGGGAAGAGAGCAAAGUGUCAGAAGUUUCCUAUCUCUCGUCCCUGAAGAGAUGAAAUCAUCUGGCUCUGGUUUUGAGUCUUACCUGCAGGAUGCGUUAGUCCAAUUCCAAGAAAUACGUAAAAUGGUUUCUCACUGGGAAUGGACAGCAUCAGGUCGUUCUGCAGGAAAAAGUUGCCAUAGUGAGAUGUUUUAUGAAGGCCAUUUUCUGGAAGUCCUUUUUGAUCGCCUUGGAGGGAUUCUUGACCAGCCUUAUGAAAUGAAUUUACUGGUUACGUCCUUGCUGGCUCGUCUUGCUCUCUUUCCCCACCCACACCUCCAAGAAUACAUACUGGAUCCGUUCCUUAAUUUGGCACCGGGUGCCCGCUCCCUGUUUUCUGUACUUGUUAGGGUGGUUGGAGAUCUUGCCCAGCGAGCUUUACGAGUUUCUAAUUUUCAGGAAACACUUUGUCUGGUGAGACGUCAGUUACUUGGAGACUCUUCCAAUGAGAGGUUGGCCCAUGUGACUCUUUGCCAAGGAGUCGUGGUACUAGAGGAAUUCUGCAAGGAGCUAGCAGCAGCAGCCUGUGUGACCCACCACCCUCUUGGCCAAUAGAUAGUGACUAAGUAUUUCCUGCAAUAGAUUCCUGUGGAAACACUAGGCCCAGCAGGAGUAUAAAAUGCUCUCCUGUACCUGGGGAAACAUGUGCAAUAUCAAACUCUUUUCCCACUAUGUGGGUAAACUAAACUCCUCCUAUCCUACUCUUUAACCGAUGGCAAAUCUUUGGAGCUAUGGCUGUUGUGGACUCUUGGCUGGCUGAUAACCAUCAACCACUGCUGCAAUUCAAAAGGUUUGUCAUCAUUGCUCUAUAUCAGUGGUAGGAAACCUAUGGCACUGAAGAUGCCAUGGAAUAGAUCUCCUCCGAUGCUUUGCCAGCAUUAUAGCUGCAAGAGCAUUACAGAAGAUGUAGCACACAACAUUAGGACUGUCGAAGGUUGCCUACCCCCGCCCUGUCUUUGCACUGCAUUGCUUGUUUAUGCCACCUUGUGCCUUACUGUUGCAGAGGAAUUAAUCAAAUACAGUGCUGCUACAACUCGGCAGAAGUUUGCUUCCCUAAACUAUUGAUUCAGUUGUCAAAAUCUGAUCCUGUUGAAAAGGGUCAGCCAACAGCAGCACAGACACUAUCGAUUUACUGUUAUUCCCUGCAUACAGGUAGAAUAUUUGGUGUUGCAAGCACUAACACCAGUAAUACCCUAAUCUCCAUCCCUGGUUUACAUCAGUGUUUUGUUUUCUACAUUUGCUGUAUUUGGUUGUCCUUUCCUGCCAACCAUCAUCUCAGAAGAUGGUUUAUCCUCCUUUGCAGCAUAUAGCUUCUAUCUAUGUCCAGGUAUCUCUGUGUAGAAAUUUGGAGAAUCAGUCAUGUUUCUCAGUUUGUAACUACAUAUAUAGACAUAUAUGUACUAUUUUUGAUGAAAUCCAGCCAUAAGUUUUAUAGUACUACAGUCAUUUUAAUUUACCCAUCAUGCCCAUUAUAUUACAAAAUGUUUUUUUUACAUAUAGAUAUAUGUAUAAAUAGAUCACUAUUUAUAAUGACUGCUUAUUUUAUAUUUAUACACACAAAAGUGUAGUUUCCAAGGCAAGUUUGUAAUACUGUUAAUACUGUUUAAUGUAGUAGAACCGGUGAUCUUUACAUUUUAUUGACCAUUCCAAACUAAUACUGAAGUUCAAGAGAAUCCGUUUUAAACAGACUAGCAUCACUUUGUGACAACUGUCUCAUUCAAAAGCUUUAGUUUUGAAUGGUACAAUUGCCUUACUCAGUAGGCUAAAAAGCAUGUAUGACAUACUUUUCAAAGUUGUUCUUUCUUUCUAUAAGUUUGUAUAUCGGUUUAAAAGUUUUUGCUAUGAAGGUUAAAACAUUUGAUGCAUGUCCCUUUAAAUUUCUCUCAUAUUUGUUGCAAUAAUAUUGAGCCUAAGAUACAAAUUAAAUACCAUAUUAAAGGAUCACUAUAGGGUCAGGAACACAAACAUGUAUUCCUGACCCUAUAGUGCUACAUCCACCAUUUAGGUGGCUUGCCUCCUAUAAAAGUUUAAAACUCGCCUUAUUUCCAAGGCCGUGCGAGUCUGCCAGCGCUGGCUCCGCCCCGUUUGUGACAUAAAAAUGGCAGAUUUUUCCCUUUGGGAAAGCAUUGAAUUGGUUAAAAUCGGCACUGGGGCGGGGCCAAAUGUCGUCAGGACGUCCUCCUAGAGAUGCAUUGAAUCCAUGCAUCUCUAUGAGGAAAAUCCAGCAUCUCCAUUCAGAGCGUGGGGACACUGAAUGGCAGGGCUGCUUACUGUGCAGCACUGAGC